AUGGGGUCCCUCGGUUUUUGGACGAUAGCAGUGAUUUUAUACCAGACAAUAUUUUGCAUAAUUAUCAGUUGGUUGACCCUCGACUGCCAAUUUACUCCUAAGGCAUCGGAGCUGCACGAAGUCACCCUGGUGAAGAUGCUGUACCUUUACGACCCUGAGGCGUGCGGUCGAGUCUACUUUUACAACUACACGAACGGUCCAUCUUCUACCAUUGUGUGGCCGAUUAAAAAUGAGAUUGCUGCUGCUUUUCGAGUUAAAAUACGAGUGUGGUUAUCCUUGCAUAGCCUUUGGUUACUUCUUGGAUGUUUGUACUUCACCCAAAGGCAGCGGCCAUGUGGAUUCUAUGCCGUUUUAUUACCAUUCACCCUGAUCGGAGUCGCUUUGCUUAUCACAGAUUUAGUGUACAUGACAUUGUUCCUUAUGGACACACAAGGCUCUAUGACUGAAGCUGACAUACUACAGUACGUAGACUCCAACAAACAGCAUCUUCAGACCUUGAAAAAGAAGCAGUCACAGGUCAUCAUGAGCAACAUAGACAGUGUUUCACCAGAUACGUCUUGGGUCUCAUUGUUAUUGGCAUACGCUAGCUGUCGAGGUAUAAUCCAAUGGUUUAUCAACUUUUGGCUUGUAAAGGAUAACUAUUUCGAAGGCCUAUCACAGUAUCGUAAACUACAGUCGCAAGAAAAUAGAAAAAUCUACAGCCAAUGAAAUAUAUGUACAUAAUCUCAUGCUUAUAUUUAAAUAUUAAUGUUACAGCACGUUACAUUAGGAUAAUGCCCGAAUUAUAUUAGGUACUGACCUAAUCAGCAAUCCAGCGCUCGAAUCUAGCGCUGCAUUGCCACUGAGAUAAUCUGACGUCAUAUUUUGUGAGUGACUGCUCACCUUUAGACAGUUUUGUUUAUGAUUUUUUUUAUACCACUGAGGUGGCAAACAAGCAUACGACCCACCCGAUGGUAAGCGUAAACCCCAUGCUGUAGUCUCUUGGGUAAACCUCGGCAGGGAGCUCAUUCCACAACCCGAGUGUUCGUGGGAGGAAACAUCUAUGAAACCGCGCAGUACGCGACCAUUGAGGCUGUAGGACAGAUAGCUGAGUGCGAGAUCGCCACGCAAUAAAUAGCUAGUUAUUUGUCCAAAGAACAAAAUGGAUCUUCUUUAAUAGCUUCAUUUAAUGUUGUGAAAUAUUCAUGACAAUGAUGCCGUUUAUAAUUGUGCCCGUUUUAAUUGCUGCCUCUCAUAGCUAUACGCUCCCUGAUAUUUGCUAGCUCGCUUCCAUUAUCCGAGAUCUAGACGUUAUGAGUUUUAUGUAUGUAGGUUGUACCUUAAUAACUUAUGGUUAUAUAUUAUUUAUAUGAAUAAAUGAAUAUUUAUUUGCAAGAAAUAUGGUCAGUAUAGAGAAGUGAAAAAAGGUAUAAGUAUGUAUAUAUAUUUUAACUUCGGUUGCCAACCCGCCUGCCAAGUGUGGCAACUGCUGGCAAA